AUGACAGUACGCACUUUCACUAUGCCUAAGUCUCUGAACGAGUCGUUGGCGAAUUCACAGCCUCCCGUCUCCGAUGCCGAUCGCUCCUCGCCUAAAAGGACACAGCAGUCAUACUCCGUCUCGCAGCGAGAACCUCUAGCAUCGCAUGGAGCGAAGCACCAGCCUGGGAUCACCUUCGCCGCUCAAGACAAGCUCCCAAAACUGCCAAUACCAGAACUCGAAAGUACUCUCAAGAAAUAUCAGGAUGUGCUCCGGCCGCUUCAAAGCGAACGAGAGCAAGAAGAUACCUGUGCGGCGGCGCAGGAAUUCUUGAAAGGAGAGGGUCUUGAGCUACAGGCGAGACUCAAGAAAUAUGCCACAGGAAAGACAAGCUACAUUGAGCAAUUUUGGUACGAUUCGUAUCUGAACUUUGACAACCCUGUUGUUCUGAACCUCAAUCCCUUCUUCCUCCUCGAAGAUGACCCGACGCCAGCUCGAAACAAUCAAGUCACACGUGCCGCAUCUCUCGUCAUAUCUGCUCUAUGCUUUGUUCGUGCAGUCCGGAAGGAAGAGCUACCGCCAGACACCCUGAAAGGGACCCCUCUCUGUAUGUACCAGUAUUCGAGACUCUUUGGCACCGCCCGCGUACCAACAGAGAAUGGAUGCCAGAUUGCGCAAGAUAGCGGUGCGAAGCAUAUUGUCGUGCUUUGCAAGGGGCAAUUCUACUGGUACGACGUCUUGGAUGACAACGCAGACCUGAUCAUGACGGAGAAAGAUAUGGCAUUGAACCUGCAGGUGAUUGUCGACGAUGCCGAGGAAACACCGAUUCAAGAAGCAGCGAAAGCUGCACUUGGGAUACUAAGUACAGAGAAUCGAAAGAUUUGGUCAGGACUGAGAGAUGUCCUGACGCGAGAAGAGGACUCGAACAACGCUGACUGUCUAGGUAUCGUGGAUUCUGCACUUUUCAUCUUAUGUCUUGACUAUACCGAGCCACAGACAAGCGCUCAGCUUUGCGGAAACAUGCUCUGCGGCACGAGCGAAGUUGUGAGGGGCGUCCAAGUUGGCACCUGUACAAAUCGAUGGUACGAUAAGAUGCAGAUCAUUGUAUGCAAGAAUGGCAGCGCAGGUAUCAACUUUGAACAUACUGGUGUCGACGGUCAUACAGUCCUGCGAUUUGCCAGCGACCUUUACACCGACACCAUUCUACGAUUCGCUAAGAGUAUCAACGGACAAGCUCCCAGUCUGUGGGCAUCAGACAGUCCUGACCCAUCAAAGAGAGACCCAGAAAGUUUUGGAGACGUCAGCACAACGCCACACAAGUUGGAAUGGGACAUGCUACCGGAGCUCAGCACUGCAUUACGAUUUGCUGAAACGAGGCUAGCAGAUCUCAUCCAGCAGAACGAAUUCCAGACAUUGGAGUUCACCGGGUACGGAAAGAGUUUCAUGACCUCAACUGGCUUUUCUCCGGACGCUUUCGUUCAAAUGGCAUUCCAAGCCGCCUACUACGGUCUCUACGGCCGUGUAGAAAACGUCUACGAGCCAGCCAUGACCAAGGUCUUCCUCCACGGCCGGACUGAAGCCAUACGGGCCGUCUCUCCAGAAUCUGCGGACUUCAUUCGCACCUUCUGGGGCGAGAAUCCUGCCACCCAAAAGGUUGAAGCUCUGCGAAAAGCAACACAGAAGCAUACAGCCCAUACAAAAGAGUGUGCAAAAGCACUCGGCCAAGACCGCCAUCUCUACGCCCUUUACUGCGUCUGGCAGCGCGCUGUCGACGAGGAAGGAGCCGAGGCCGCAAGCAGCAACGGCAUGAGCUCGAAUGGCUACUCGAGCCCAGUAGACGCGGGCUCAGAGGCUGGAUCACCCAAUCGUAAUUCGUUCGCCAAAGAAGACGGCUCCGUUUCACCCUCUCCGCACCCCAAGCAGCCUACUCACCAAAUGCCCGCCCUAUUCGCCGAUGGCGGGUGGGACAGAAUCAAUACAACCGUUAUCUCCACCUCCAACUGCGGCAACCCUGCUCUCAGACAUUUCGGGUUUGGCCCCACCUCCGCCGACGGGUUUGGUAUUGGCUACAUCAUCAAAGAAGACUCUGUAUCUAUUUGCGCAAGUAGCAAACAUAGACAGACGAAGCGAUUCAUUGAUGCUCUGGAGGGCUAUUUUCUGGAGAUCAGAAGACUCCUGAAAUCAACACAGCAAAAGAGUAGGAGCACAAAGGCUAGUCGAGCGAGGGAGGUGGUGAGACCAGAGGUGGUGCCAAAGAGAGGAAGGGCAAUUGUGGGAGAAGAUGACCCUGUGGACGAUGUGAAGGAAGAGAGUGAUGAUGACGGGUUAGGUGGUUAUGGCUUCUUCGAUGCGGGCAUGCUGCUUCAAGUGCUAAAGGCCAGCCAGGAAGAAAAGGACAGGCCGAGCGAGAAGGCGAUAGGCAAUGCACGACGGGCUGUUGGGAAGAAGUUGAGAUUGAGCGAGUACUAG